AUGCUGAGCUGGAAAUUUUACCACAACAACAGACCUACAGCAAUUAGCAAGCUAAACGGAAUAUCUGGGAAGAGAUCAACCAAGAAAGUACCGAUCAGAACAAAUCGGAUAUGGAGUCCACAAAAUGACCGAACUAAUACAAGAAGAAUUGGACAACUUUGUGAUGCAUUGGCGAUUCAUCACUUCUGGCGUUUGCGUUUUCGUAAUUUGUUUGGUAAUAAUUAUCAUUAAAGUGAAAUUAGAAUUAUUCUGUUCCAUAUUUC